AUGGGUUGCAUGAAUUCCAAGGUCGAGGCGGACGACAAGGAGGCCGCCAGAGUCAACGCCGGUAUUGAAAAGCAGAUUCGCAAUGAUAAAAAGACAUAUGACCGAACGGUCAAAAUGCUCCUGUUGGGAGCUGGAGAGUCGGGCAAAUCCACCAUCAUCAAACAAAUGCGCAUCAUCCACUCCGGCGGAUUCCCAGAUGACGAACGUCGGCAGAAUCGUGCGGUGAUAUACUCGAAUUUAGUGGUGGCAUUCAAGGUGUUGAUGGACAUUAUGCAGACGCAGAAGAUUGAGUUUGAGAAGGAAAGCAACAAGCCUUUAGGAGACCUUCUCGCCAAAACCGAAGCGGAUGUCGACACCGACGAGGCCUUUACCGAUAUUGAGAUUAAAGAAGCGAUGACAGAGUUAUGGAGCGAUGGUGGUGUUCAACAAGCCGUUGCGCGAGGGCAUGAAUUCGCGCUUCACGAUAAUUUGCAUUAUUUCUUUAACUCGCUCGACCGUCUGUUUACACCCGGCUGGUUACCUGAUAACCAAGAUAUGCUCCACUCUCGACUUCGCACAACCGGUAUCACAGAGACGUUAUUCGAAUUAGGACAGCUUAAUUUCCGCAUGAUGGAUGUCGGCGGACAACGGUCCGAGCGGAAGAAGUGGAUUCACUGCUUCGAGGGAGUACAGUGUCUGUUAUUCAUGGUUGCGCUAUCCGGAUAUGAUCAAAGUCUGCUUGAAGACCAGAACGCGAAUCAAAUGCACGAAGCAAUGAUGCUCUUCGAAUCGCUGGCAAACGGCGAAUGGUUCAAACGCAAACCCAUCAUGCUUUUCCUGAACAAAAUGGAUCUUUUCAAAACCAAACUCCCCCUCUCGCCCAUCAACAAACACUUUCCCGACUACAGCGGCUCUGCUACGGACUUUGACACCGCUGCCAAAUACUUCGCGGACCGAUUCCGCAGCAUUAAUCGAAUGCCGGACCGAGAGAUUUAUAUUCAUUAUACCAAUGCGACAGACACCACACUGCUUAAAGCUACGAUGGAUUCGCCAAAUUCGGUCACACGCUUCCGACUCUUCGCCUCUCCAACCCGUCUUCAACGGUUCAACCUCACCGAAUACUCAGUCUGGAGUAUUCUUAGGGGCACCUACUUCUCAGUCAUGCUAUCCUCAUCCCUCCGCCGUGCCGUGCGCACGACGACCUCGUCGCAUUCCGCGACAGCGGCAAUCGUCGCUUUUCCGAACUUGCUCGUUCCGUCCGCCAGCACCAGUACCACAACUUCUACAUCACGACAACGGAGAGGAGUCACUCAACACCAGCGUCGCUAUUCUUCGUCGUCGAAACCGCCCGUGCCUCCCAACGAUGGUUCAAGGCCUAUUGAUGCGUCGUCAUCCUCGCAACAAGCGCCUGCCAAUCCAUCCGCGGGAAGGAAAGUGAAGGAAUCUCAGGGACGAAAGGCUGGCGCCGGUGCUGCUGGUGAUACUACGAAAUCAAGACAGAGCUCUGCUGCACUGUUGAAUUUGCCCAGCGUCCCGUCAACGCAGGACACGCCGAUUGAAGAUAUCAAAGUCGCCUCAUUCUUCUCCGUCCACAGACCCAUCUCCGUCAGCGCUCCUGUUCCCCCCACAAGCACCGAAAAGGCCUUCAACGCCAUCUUCGAAGCCAACAAAUCCAGACGCGGAACCCGUGCCGCAGAUGUAAUCAACACACUGACCUCGGCCGUCGCAUCAAUGGAGCACGCAAUGCACGGCCAAAACCCACAGAACAGUCUGCGUCAUGCCGUAACGCAAGCAUCAGUCAGCAACGCCGAGCCAGCAGGCCGAGUCAUUCAUCUCGACGAGGUGUCAGAGGAAGAGUUGCAUUCUUCCAUAGCAGAAUUUGCAAGCCGAUUGACGCCCUUCCAACCUCCCCCAGCUCCGGAACCAUUCAACCCGGACGAAAUCACACUCAUCGAGUCGUCCGCCGAGCUUGCAAACGCAGACGCAGACCCCGAAGCAGAUAUUCGAACCUACUCCACCGUGCUCACAAUCCGCGAAACCGCAUAUGCAGACGGCCAACGCACAAUUGAAACAUCCCUGUCUCCUUUGGUCCCCAGCGAAGAAACUGCCGCCAUCGACGAACCCGCCGUAGGUGGUGGUGUGGGUGGUAAAUCAUAUAUUGAGCGCACUGUCAAUAGGAGAAUGUACACCAUCUCCGUGCGCCGACAGCGCAAACUCAAGAUGAAGAAGCACAAGUUCAAGAAGUUGUUGCGCAAGACGAGGACGUUGAGGAGGAAGCUUGAUAAAGCUUAA